AUGUCCGACGAACAACCACGUAAAGAUCCAGAAAUAUUCAAACACUUGAGCCCAAAGACUCAAGGUUAUUUACGAGCGUCAAACAAUCAGAGAUUACAGAACGAAGAAUCUUCAACCGCCAACAUGUCUGACGAGCAAACCUUCAUUGCCAUCAAGCCUGAUGGAGUCCAGCGUGGACUUAUUGGCCCAAUCAUCACCCGCUUCGAGGCUCGUGGCUACAAGCUCGCCGGUAUUAAGAUGAUGACUGCUUCCAAAGAGCACCUCGAGAAGCAUUACGAGGAUCUGUCCUCCAAGCCAUUCUUCCCAGGACUCAUCAAGUACAUGGGCAGCGGACCAAUCUGCGCUAUGGUUUGGGAAGGUCGUGAUGCCGUCAAGACUGGACGAUCCCUCCUCGGUGCCACCAACCCACUCGCCUCCCAGCCAGGUACCAUUCGUGGUGACUUCGCCAUCGAUGUCGGACGAAAUGUAUGCCACGGUUCCGAUUCCGUCGAGAACGCCAAGAAGGAGAUUGCUCUCUGGUUCAAGGAGGGUGAGGUUCAAUCUUGGAAGUCCGCUCAACAUGACUGGGUCUACGAGAAGUAG